AUGGGCAAAAUUAUGAGAUUGGAUAGUUACGAGCGACUCUUGGAUGUGGAGGAAAUAAUCAGUUUGACGAAAUCUUCCGAGAACAGGCGUCCUUCACCUAUCGAAGUAUUGGAGCCCGUGAGUAAUGAGUUUCAAGAACCUCUGUGCAGUGAUGAUGAAAAGAACGAUGAGUUUUCAGAGAAAAGAAAGAGGAAGGUGCCGAAGAAAAAGGUCCUGUCUGAGGCUCAGCUUCAAAAGCAGGCUGAAAAGAAACGAAAGGCAAUCGAGCGUGAAAUCAGUGCGUCUUUGAAAUCCAAGUGCGAACAGCACAUGUUCUGUCAUGUCAGCCGACGAAUAUUUGAUGAAUUUGCAGAAACAGAAGUUCACACUCGUAUGCUCUUCGCGGAGAGGAACAUCCAUGAGCAGUUGAUUUGUGACGAAGAGCGUCCUGAUAUGCGGGUACUGUGGAAUCGCAAGUGCAUUGAAGCCGUCGAAAAUGAUGGAACGGUAGAGAAACGAGAAUAUUUCACUCCACAACAUUUAUUUGCGGUGGUUUUGUCUUGCGAUUCGCUCAAAGAACUUGUACGUAGUAACAGCAUGGAAGAUUUCGUCGCCACACAGAAGUUAUCUUAUCCCGUUGCGAAUUCGACACUGAUACUCAUAGUUUUUGGAAAGGAUUCUCGCCAGAUGUUCGAGUUUUCUAUCGAGCUUUUCGAUUGUUACCGAACUCAGCUGCAUAUCGGUCGCACGGGGAUUAAAGAUGCACCACCUGAUGAAUUGGUUCGCGAUUGGUGGAAUAAAAUGUUGGCAGUGAUUUGUCGUAUGCAAGAUGGACAGAGGCGAGCGCUUCUCGCUGCUUAUCCGAAUCCGUUUCUGGCCAGUCGAAGAUUCAGCGAGGUUAUCACCUUUCCU